AUGGCCUUUCUAAUGAAAAGCAUGUUGAGCAACCAGGUAAAGAAUUUGGGACUUGGAGGUGGAGGGGAAGAAAGCAAAGAAGAAAGCACUCCUUCUGAUCCAGCAGCAGCUGCAGGAAUGACCAGAGAGGAGUAUGAGGAAUAUCAAAAGCAAAUGGUUGAGGAGAAAAUGGAAAGAGAUGCAGCAUUUGCACAGAAAAAAGCAGAGCGAGCCUGUCUGAGGGUUCAUCUGAGAGAAAAGUACAGACUCCCUAAG